ACCCUCGAGCAUAGGAGCAACCUAGGCGGAGCAGUCGUCUUUUAUUUUUUUUAGCUGCUGUGCUCUUCUUCUUGGUUCCGCAUGGUCUUCGUCUCCGUCUCCAAAAUCCUCUAACAUAGUGUAGUAGUGAUACAGUACGUAAAAGCCACCGCGUCCCUUCCCCACUUCUCUUUCCUCUCCCAAAACCUAAAACAAAAAAAUCUCUCCGGCUCCAACUCCUCCAUCCGAGGAGUGUAGAGCCUACUUUCUUGCUCCAACACUCUCACCCGACGUCAAAAUCUAAUCUUUCCGCUCCUCUCCGCCGUUUUCCGCCGCUUUCUUCGCCUGCGCAACCCCCAAGAUUGGUCUUUUCUUGAGCCGAUCGAACCGCAGAUAUCAAUCCAAUCACUAGCUUGGUGUCGCCAAUUGCAAGGUUCCGCCGUGGAUUGGAGCAUGGGGUUCCGAUCCACCGGCACGAUGCUGCGGUUACUGCUGUGCGCGGCGUUCUUGCUGGGUUGCUGCCACGGGAGGUUCGUGGUGGAGAAGAACAGCCUCAAGGUGACGGCGCCCGAUGAUCUCAAGGGCACCUACGAGUGCGCCAUUGGCAACUUCGGCGUGCCCCAGUACGGCGGCACCAUGGUCGGGUUCGUCGCCUACCCCAAGGCCAACAAGAAGGCGUGCAAGAGCUUCGACGAUUUCGACAUCUCCUACAAGGCCAAGCCGGGGGCUUUCCCCACUUUCUUGCUCGUCGACAGGGGAGAUUGCUACUUCACAAAGAAGGCAUGGAAUGCACAGAAUGCUGGAGCAGCAGCAAUCCUUGUUGCUGAUGACAAGGAUGAACCUCUAAUUACAAUGGACACCCCUGAAGAGAGCGGGAGGGCAGAUUAUUUAGAGAACAUCACUAUUCCUUCAGCGCUCAUAACCAAAAGCUUCGGGGACAGGCUCAAGAAAGCAAUUGAUAACGGUGACAUGGUCAAUGUGAAUUUGGAUUGGAGGGAGGCCCUGCCCCACCCUGAUGAGCGCGUUGAGUAUGAAUUUUGGACCAACAGUAAUGAUGAAUGUGGCCCAAAAUGUGAUAGCCAGAUUGAUUUUGUCAAGAGCUUUAAAGGAGCAGCACAAGUACUUGAGAAGAAGGGCUACACGCAGUUCACUCCCCAUUACAUUACCUGGUAUUGCCCGGAAGCCUUCAUUCUAAGCAAGCAGUGCAAGUCCCAGUGCAUCAAUCAUGGGAGAUACUGUGCACCUGACCCUGAACAGGAUUUUAGCAAAGGAUAUGAUGGGAAAGAUGUAGUGGUCCAGAAUUUGCGCCAAGUUUGUGUGUUUAAAUUUGCUAAGGAGCACAAGAAACCUUGGUUAUGGUGGGACUAUGUUACUGAUUUUGCGAUUCGGUGCCCAAUGAAGGAAAAGAAGUACACCAAGGAGUGUGCUGAUGGAGUUAUCAAGUCACUUGGCCUUGAUCAUAAAGCAAUAGACAAGUGUAUUGGCGAUCCAGAUGCUGAUGAAGAAAAUCCUGUUCUGAAAGCUGAACAGGAUGUACAGAUUGGCAAGGGCUCUCGUGGUGAUGUUACCAUCUUACCAACUCUUGUGAUCAACAAUAGACAAUACAGAGGGAAGCUUGACAAAGAAGCAGUUCUUAAAGCACUUUGUGCUGGUUUUCGAGAAACUACUGAGCCUGCUGUUUGCUUGAGUGAAGAUAUACAAACAAAUGAGUGCUUGGAGAACAAUGGUGGCUGUUGGCAAGAUAAGGCUGCUAACAUCACUGCAUGCAAGGAUACUUUCCGUGGAAGGGUUUGUGAGUGUCCAGUUGUGAAAGGUGUAAAAUUCGUUGGCGAUGGCUACACUCAUUGUGAAGCUUCGGGAUCUGGGCGAUGUGAAAUUAACAAUGGAGGAUGUUGGAAAGAGACCAGGAAUGGCCGGACAUACUCUGCCUGCACGGAUGAUGGCUGUAAAUGCCCGGAUGGGUUCGAAGGUGGUGGUACCCACAAAUGUGAAGAUAUUGAUGAAUGCAAGGAAAGGACAGCAUGUCAGUGCAAAGAAUGCAAAUGCAAGAACACAUGGGGAAGCUAUGAGUGUGGCUGCAGUGGAGGCUUGCUGUACAUGAAGGAGCAUGAUACAUGCAUAAGCAAAAAUGCAGCAACAGAGGUAGGCUGGAGCUUCUUGUGGGUCAUCUUCUUUGGCCUUGUGGCAGCAGGAAUUGCCGGAUAUGCAGUGUACAAGUACAGGAUCCGGAGGUACAUGGAUUCAGAGAUCCGUGCCAUCAUGGCUCAGUACAUGCCCCUGGACAACCAAGGGGAUAUUCAGAGUCAUUCUCAUCAUAUUGAGAUGUGAAGAGCAACACAGCUAGCUUCCCCUUAUGAAGAGGAUGGAGACUGAAGAUUUGAAGAGAGGAAGCGGGCGCUUGUUCUGCAUAUACACUUGUGCUAGAUGUGUAUAACCGUAACGAUCUUAUGUGUAGCAUGCAAAGUGAGAUCCUCCUGUAAAUUUCUAAAUCGAUUUGUAUCCGCUGGUUACUGGGUUAGGCUGUACCGUGACAUGGUCUUGUUUAGUUUUUUUUUUUUUUUUGUCUCGAAUACGGAGUAGAGCUGCAUAUCAUUUCAUUGAUAGGAGAAAGAAUUGCCUAUUUUUUCUUUUAGCACCAAUAAAGGAGAUGGCAGACAGGCGUGGCUGCAGUUUAGUCAUGUUUGUGGUCAGUGGUAGAGGGAUUUGAGCGCAUGUUGACUGCCUAACAUAACAGAGAACUGUGUCUGCUAUCCAUUGUCUUGUUCAUGAUGGGCAUCCAAUGAUUGAAAAAUUUUGUAUUGGUAAAAGCAGGGAACUGGAACCUUAUGUUGGCAUACUUGAGGCAUCUCGCAUUUAUCAA